CAAGACACACACACACAAACACACAAGGAAUAAAAGGCACUGUACCACAUCAGCACUUCUGCUGCUCUAAGUCAGUGUCAAACACUUCUGAUAUCCCAAAUCAGCUCUGAGGGACAUUGUGAUUAAGAAGUUGAACUGAUCUCACUGACAUCUUAGAUUGGCACUCUCUGCAGGGCUCCCCUACCCCGGUCUCUCUGCAAAAGGGGUCACUGGAUUAAGACAGCACUUUAAGUAAGCGAGGAUGAUGAUGGUGAGCGAUGACUGUCUGGUGGAGUGUAACAUUGAUGAUGACAGUGAUGAGGACGAAGGCGGAGAAGAGCAGAUGAACACUCCUCCUCCUCCUCCAGAGUUUGCGUCCAAAGUCCCAACCCUGGCUCCCAGACCUCCGACACCAGUGCCGAGACCUCUGACCCCACCGCCCAAAACUCCGACUCCUAGCACAGCCUCCACUACGCCCACACCUACCUGUCCUGUCAACAGGGACCCUCAUGGUAUCAACCAGCACCUAAAGGUGGAGGUUAGUGACGUGUUGGCGGAGCCUGCCACACCUCAUAGCAUAGACAAAGUGUGGCUUUACAGCGUGGUUGGCUUCGAGAGGGCUCGUAUCUGGACGUACCGCUGCCUCUCCUUGCUGCUUGCCGUGCCCUUCGCUUUCCUUUGCGGUGUCUUCCUGGCCAUCCUCGCCUGUCUACACGUCUGGUUUGUGGUGCCCUGCAUACAGCUGAGCAACACCUUCCUUCCAUGCCUGCGGUCCUUGUGUUUGUGCACUGUCAAUGUUUUCAUCGCUCCCUUCUGUUCGUCUCUCGCUCUCUGCUGCAGUCAGAUCGCCAUUUCACUGUCGAACAAGGACUGGCAUCCGCUCAGAGACAAAGAGGCUGUAUGAAUGUGAGACAUAUGGAGUGAUGUGGAGUGACUGAGGGGAUGUGUGCGAAUUUUAUUGAAAACUGCACGUGUGUUUUUUAGUUUUUUUUAACUGGUACAGUUCUGCAACCUGGUAAUGCUAUUUGAUAUGUUUUCUAUAUGUUAAACCAAUUCAUAAAAUUAUGAUUAUUGUUAUUGUCAUUGUUUUAUUAUCAUUAUUAUUAUUAUUACUGUUUAUUUAACACUGUCUU